GAGGCGGCGGAAGUGGCCUGAGGCCGCUACGCGUGCGCGGUGGGCGGAGCGCAGCUCUCCUACCACCUUUGCCUGCCCAAGGCUUCCCAUCCUUGCUCUGCCGGUGUGGUGCUCGUGUUUCCGCACCUCGUCGCGCAGAGUCGCUGCCGAGUGGGCGCUCGGUGUUCGGGUCGUCAUGGCUGGUUACGAAUACGUGAGCCCGGAGCAGCUGGCUGGCUUUGAUAAGUACAAGUACAGUGCUGUGGAUACCAAUCCACUCUCUCUGUAUGUCAUGCAUCCAUUUUGGAAUACUAUAGUAAAGGUAUUUCCUACUUGGCUGGCUCCAAAUCUGAUAACCUUCUCUGGCUUUCUGCUGGUUGUGUUCAAUUUCCUACUCAUGGCAUACUUUGAUCCUGACUUUUAUGCUUCAGCACCGGGUCACAAGCAUGUACCCGACUGGGUUUGGAUUGUGGUGGGAAUCCUCAACUUCAUAGCCUACACUCUAGAUGGUGUGGAUGGAAAGCAGGCCCGGAGAACCAAUUCCAGCACCCCUUUAGGGGAGCUUUUUGACCAUGGCCUUGAUAGUUGGUCAUGUGUUUACUUUGUUGUGACUGUGUAUUCCAUCUUUGGACGAGGACCAUCUGGUGUCAGUGUUUUUGUUCUUUAUCUCCUACUAUGGGUAGUUUUGUUUUCUUUUAUCCUGUCCCACUGGGAAAAGUAUAAUACAGGGAUUCUUUUCCUGCCGUGGGGAUAUGACAUUAGCCAGGUGACUAUAUCUUUUGUCUACAUAGUGACUGCGAUUGUGGGAGUUGAGGCCUGGUAUGAACCUUUCCUGUUUAAUUUCUUAUAUAGAGACCUAUUCACUGCAAUGAUUAUUGGCUGUGCAUUAUGUGUGACUCUUCCGAUGAGUUUAUUGAACUUUUUCAGAAGCUAUAAAAAUAACACCUUGAAACACAAUUCAGUCUAUGAAGCUAUGGUUCCCUUUUUUUCUCCAUGUUUGCUCUUCAUUUUGUCUACAGCAUGGAUCCUUCAGUCACCUUCAGAUAUUUUAGAGAUACAUCCUAGACUAUUCUACUUUAUGGUUGGAACAGCGUUUGCCAACAUCACAUGUCAGCUGAUUGUUUGUCAAAUGAGCAGUACUCGGUGCCCAACUUUGAAUUGGUUGCUGGUUCCUCUUUUCUUGGUUGUCCUGGUGGUAAACUUAGGAGUAGCCUCUUACGUUGAGAGCAUUCUCCUGUAUACCUUAACAGCUGUUUUCACUCUGGCCCACAUCCAUUAUGGAGUACGAGUGGUAAAGCAGCUGAGCAACCAUUUUCAGAUUUAUCCCUUCUCAUUGAGGAAACCAAACUCGGAUUGACUAGGAACGGAAGAAAAGAGUAUUGGCCUGUAAUCUACAGAAGGAAGUACUGUAAAUAAGAUGCUUGUAAAUAUUUCAUCCAUCACCAUUGAACUAAACUGAUCUGCUUAACAGACACGGGAACUCAGUGUGUAUAGUACUUGGACAAAUGAUCUGAAUUUACGAAAUUUUGGACCUACUAAUUCCCAACUUACUUUUUACAAAACUGUGUGGCAUUUUGGUUAGGCAUAAUGUACUUUAGACCAGCAAAAUGUUUCUAGUGAUGUUAGCUUCAUGAGUCCAUGAUGUUUUGGUUCGUACAGAGUUAAAGAUGCUUUGUUUUUAUUUUUAGAGCCCCCAGAUUGGUUUAGGAACACUGAUAACAUUAAGAAAACCACAAGAUGUUUUCAUAUUUGAUACUGUUUCAGUGGUAGGUCUUUCGCUAUGGAAGUUAUCAAUAGCCCAAAUCUAAUACAGGGAAAAGAUAAGAGGAAGUUACUGUUAGCCGGAGAUGCCAAAUGAUUACAGAACAAUAUACAGUUGCCAAAUACUCAUUUCUCCUUCCCAUGGAAAUGCCUUUUGUCCUCAUGUGCUAAGAGAGCUAAUAUAUAUAUUUAGAUUCUCUAGUAUUCUGGCUCUCUUUCUUGGGAACAGAUCUUGACAAAUGGUUUAAUUUAAUUUAAUUAAAAAAAAUUUUUUUUAAGUUUAUUUACCUAGUUGGAGAGAGAGAGAGAAAGAGAGCACAAGCGGAGGAGGGGCAGAGAGAAGGAGAGACAGAAUCCCAAGCAGGCUCCACGCAAUCAGCACAGAGCCUGAUGUGGGGCUCGAACUCACGAACUGCCAAGAUCAUGACCUGAGCUGAGAUCAAGAGUCAGACGCUUAACCGACUGUACCACCCGGGCGCCCCCGGUUUAAUUUUCUUUUAAAGAGAAAUAUUCUACUGAGACUUAGUAGAGAAUGGAUCAUAAUUGUAGCUCACACAUUAACAUGGUUCAUCGUUUAAAUGUGGUGUUUUCCCCCUCAGCGGCAAGUUGGUGAGAUUUGGUGCCUGCGAACUAUGAUUAUAUGAAUGCAUGUGACAGUCCCAGUCCUGUGAUAAUUACUCGUAAGGAACACAGAUAAACUUCCUUAUAAGAGAAAUUUACCUUGGAGUUAGGAAUCUCACGAACCUCCCUAUGAAUUACUGCUAUGAACCUCACUCUGAAAUUAGUUUCCUGAUUCAAUUUGUUCUUCCGUUCGAUCGUCCUGUCUCUUUUUUUGUGGAGGAGAGAGUGCUGUGUUUUUAUUUCAUACAGGAUAAGGAAGUAGACAUUCUUUCUUCCCCAACUUGCCCACUUUUCCACUUCCCCAGUUGAAGAAAACUUUGGAGAUAUAUGCCUUACUUAGUAUCUACUCUCUUUAAAAUGACUUGGAAUAAUUUUUGACGUUUACUGACAGAGGUAAAAAUCCCUUUGACUUCAAUGUGGUUGUUUUUUACAUGACACCUUCUCAUGACUUUCUUUUUGACUUUGUCUCCGUGUAGUUUGGUGGUGGUGAUAUUUACUUGCUGAUUUUCCUUUAUUUUCCACUGAAUGAAGUUUGUGCUUGAAUGAAGAGUGUAUCUUAAACCCUUUUUUUUUUUGGAUGGAUUGCACUUGGAUAAAACUGGCACCACUGUGUUGAUAUGUAAUUAAAUUUUUUACCAUUAUUUAUCUAUGAAUGUGACCAUAGUUAAAUUCAAUUAUAAUGUAUUCCUUUUUAAAUUUCAGUCUGCUGCUUUGUAAAAAUAACUAUAAUUGAUAUUUCAGUUUUUAAAUUUGUAAAUUCUAAUCAUUGUCAUCCAGUGUAUUAGAAAUGAGGAGUCAAGGAGCUAACUCAUGGUUCUGUACUCAUUUUUAAAAACGGCUCGUAAAGGUUGAGGUAUAUCUGGUGACUUUUUCUGAGACUGAAAAUAGGUGAGAAAUUGAUGCAGGAAAAUGUGGGUAGUGAUUCCAUGUUUGUUAGUAACUUGCCAUCAUGGAGGUCAGAGAAUGAAUGAAUUAAGUAACGGUAACUCUAUUUUUUGUAUACCUUGUUCUUUGUCAUCUGCAAAAUUGAACUGGAUCAAGUGUUAUUUUGGGCCGGGAACAAAGCUUCAUUCAAAGGUUUCUGAGCUAAUCAUUUUACUAUUUUGUUGACCUUGUACACAGAAUGAGAGUAAUCUGUAUUAUAUAAGGAAAGAACUGAUAAAUAUUUAUUAAAUGACAAAUUUGGACCACA